AUGGAGAGUUUGAGAUCAAAACAUGUUGUGCUCUUGAUAACACUGAUGAUUCUCAAGCUUUUAUCCACAGAUUGCCGAAACCCGGUUCUCCACAGGGUCGGAGGAGGACGGAACACUUGGAGUCCGGGCGUUAACCUCACCGAUUGGGCGGUUAAGGAACAAUUCUAUGUUGGUGAUUGGCUUUAUUUUGGAUUCGACAAGUGGAGUCACAACGUUCUUGAGGUGAACAAAUCGAACUACGAGAAUUGCGAGGAAAGGGAUUUCGUGACGAAUGUCACGAGAGGCGGGCGGGAUGUGUUCAACCUGACCGAGCCAAAGGUUUAUUACUUCUUGUGCGGAAGAGGUUUCUGCUCCGAGGGAAUGAAAGUCGAGAUUCCCGUUUGGCUAUUCCCUCUACUACAACCGCAUGAUGAUCAUAAUGUUCAGCAAAACAAUGGCUUUCCGUCAAAUACUUAUGGCUUCUUUGGACAGUUUACUCUCAUUGCAAUGCUUGUCUCUGCUUUAACAUGCAUUUUAUUGCCUCUCUAG